AAAUAUGGUCUAAAUGUUAGCAUUUUCUAUUGUUUGGCGUGUACCGACGACAACUCUGGACAAAAUAAUUCAAUAAUUUCGACCAGAAUGAAAAUGUAUUAGGUCAAUUGCUUUGAAAGUUAGUCAUGCCAGGUUUAGAAGAAAGUAUUUUACACGAUAGCAGUUCACCCACAGAGAGCCUAAUGUCCGAUGGAAUUGUCUCUGAGCAAGUGAAAAAAUUUUUAUUCACCUCUCGUAAAACUCACGAUAACGUAGAGUGUAACGAGAGCUUAGAGAUUUAUAUCCCGGAGUUACUUCAGGCUAGUUAUAGUUUUUAUACGUGGCCUUCUGCACCUGUACUUGCUUGGUUUCUUUGGGAACACAAAGAAGAACUUAUCGGAAAAAGAGUUUUAGAACUUGGAUCUGGUACAGCGCUUCCUGGGAUUUUAGCUAGUAAAUGUGGUGCUAUAGUAACUUUAAGCGAUUCUGCUAGUUUGCCUAGAAGUCUACAACAUAUAAGAAGAAGUUGUGAGCUAAAUGGAAUUUUGUCUCAAGUUCAAAUUGUUGGUAUAACAUGGGGAUUAUUUCUAUCUAGUUUAUUUUCCAUUGGACCAUUAGACUUAAUUCUUGGAUCCGACUGUUUCUAUGAGCCAGCAGUAUUUGAAGACAUAGUUGUUACAAUUGCAUUUUUACUAGAAAGGAACCCACAUGCAAAAUUUCUCUGUACCUAUCAAGAAAGAAGCACAGAUUGGUCCAUAGAACAUUUACUGAAUAAAUGGCAUCUUACUUGCACCCAUAUAUCGUUGGCUGGACUUGGUACAGAUUCUGAUGUAAAUAUAUAUGAUUUAAUGCAAGAUCACACUAUUCACUUAUUAAGUAUACAACGUGCGACUUAAUAAGUUUGUCAUGGCUGUACGAUACUUACUUAAUGUAUCUAGAAUUCCUUGGACUGUUUCUCCUUCCGAAUUUAAAUCUUACUUUUCAGUGUUUGGUAAAGUAAAGGAAGCAAGAAUUAUAUUCGAUCUACACGGUAUUAGUACAGGCAAUGGUACUGUUGAAUAUUACGAUAAAAAUGCAAUGGAAACUGUACUUUUUAGAAAGCACAUUUUAGAGAAUGUGGAAAUAAAUGUGAAAUCUUCAUAAUGAGUCUCGAGCAAACAUUUAAUAAAGCUGCAAGCUACUUGCAAA